AAUUUUAAAGAAUAUUUUAUCAGCCAGUGUAAAUUCUGUAAGAACAAGUACUGAAAAGUCAGAACAUGUAAAAAGGGAAGAACAGAAACUAAGAAUGUGCGUCAUCUUGUGGCCAUAAAAGGAAAUGCACGUGGAUACGCUAUUCGUAUACUGUAACAUUGCGUCAUCAAAGAGGUGAAAGGUACAAAGAGAGUCAACCAAAUCAUCAAGACAAGGAUAGGCAGUUCUGUGAAAAUAGCUUGCUGUUGCGAUGAGUUUAAAUGGACUUUUUCGGGUUUCUAGAGCAGUGAAAUCGGGAGGGAAGUUACUGAAUAAAACCUGCGGAGUGGGCAGCACGGAUUCUCAGAGCCCCCGGUUUUUCAGAACACAUCCCAGGAGCUUGGUUUAUGCAAAAGACCUGUUCCUAGGCAAUAUUGCCAAGAAAGAAGUAUUUCCGUAUCCAGAAAUCAGCAACGAAGAGCUAGAUGAACUCAAUCAACUUGUUGCACCAGUGGAAAAGUUUUUCAGUGAAGAUGUGGACUCCAAGAAAAUUGAUGAAGAGGCAAAAAUCCCACCUGAAACCAUGUCUGGAUUAAAGGAGCUUGGGCUGUUUGGAAUGCAGGUUCCUGAAGAAUACGGGGGUCUGGGGCUGUCCAACACCAUGUAUGCGCGCCUGGUAGAAAUCAUAUCAUUAGAUGCAGCGAUCACCGUCACUUUAGCUGCUCAUCAAGCCAUUGGAUUGAAGGGAAUCCUGAUUGCAGGUAAUGAAGAGCAGAAAGCCAGGUACCUGCCCAAGCUGUCCUCCGGGGAGCAUGUUGCUGCCUUCUGUCUCACUGAGCCUGCAAGUGGCAGCGAUGCUGCAUCCAUCCAGGCCAGAGGAACUCCAAGCAAAGAUGGGAAGCACUUUUUACUCAAUGGCUCAAAGAUUUGGAUAUCCAAUGGUGGCAUUGCAGAUGUAUUUACGGUAUUUGCACGAACUGAAGUUGUUGACAAAGACGGUAACACGAAAGACAACAUUUCUGCAUUUAUAGUGGAAAGAGCAUUUGGUGGAAUAACCAGUGGGAAACCUGAGGACAAGAUGGGCAUUCGAGGAUCUAACACCUGUGAAGUUCAUUUUGAAAAUACUCCAGUGCCGAUAGAAAACGUAAUUGGAGAAGUAGGAGGUGGAUUUAAGGUUGCCAUGAAUAUCCUCAACAGUGGCAGAUUUAGUAUGGGCAGUGUGUCUGCAGGAAUGAUUAAGAAGCUCAUAGAGCUUACGGCAGAGUAUGCUGGGACACGGAAACAAUUCAACAAGAGUCUUGCCGAGUUCGGAAUGAUUCAGGAAAAGUUUGCGCUGAUGGCACAGAAAGCAUAUGUAAUGGAGAGCAUGGCGUACCUGACUGCUGGAAUGAUGGACCGUCCAGGAGUGCCUGAUUGUUCUGUAGAAGCUGCCAUGGUGAAGAUUUUCAGCUCUGAGGGUGCCUGGGUUUGCGUCAGUGAGGCCCUGCAGGUUCUUGGAGGAUUGGGGUACAUAAAAGAUUACCCCUAUGAGCGUUACCUUAGGGACUGUAGAAUUCUGCCAAUUUUUGAGGGAACCAAUGAAAUUCUGAGAGUGUACGUGGCACUGACUGGAAUGCAAUACGCAGGCAAAAUCCUGACAGGAAAAAUAAUGGACAUGAAGAAAGGUAAUUUGGGAGUAGUUCUCGAGAUGUUGGGAAAGAGGCUGCGUGACACUGUAAACAAGAAAGUUGAUUUUGGGCUGAUGGGCAAAGAUGGUGUAGUGCAUCCCAGCUUGAUGGAAAAUAGUAAGAAACUUGAAGAGAAUGUUUAUUCUUUUGGAACAACAGUGGAAAGCUUACUUUACAGAUUUGGCAAGACUAUUGUUGAUGAACAGUUGGUUCUAAAAAGAGUGGCAGAUAUUGUUAUUAACCUGUACACCAUGACUGCUGUUCUCUCCAGAGCAAGCCGCUCCAUUAGCAUUGGCUUACGCAAUCAUGACCAUGAGGUCCUGAUUGCAAAUACUUUCUGCGCUGAAGCCUAUUUCCAGAACAACUACCUCAUGGCUCAGCUGGAAAAGAAUUCCCCUGAAAACAAUGAUGAUAGCAUAAAGAAGAUUGCCAUGCAGGUGCUGGAAAAGCGGGCUUAUGUAUGUUCUCAUCCACUUGACAGAACUUUCUGAAGAUCCUGUUAAUAGGGUGAAGAAAAAAAUUCUGCAUGGGUAAAAACAUGUUAUUGUUUUAUUUGCCCAGGAUUUUACACAUCAGAAUCCUUAACUUGUCCUUCUAUUUAACCAGUGUUGAGAUUUAAAAAAAUAAUAAUAAAAUUAAUAAAAGUGGGUCUUGUUAAUUUAACAAUAACUUGAUAAAAAAAAAAAAGAAUAAAACUACAGUUUGUAAAUAAUUGAAUUUUUAAAUACUGUAACAAACUAAUGAAAAUAUAUAUAUAUACAUAUAUUUUGUAGUUUACUUCUUAUUUUCACUUAAGCUACUGAAGCCUGGAGGCAAGAUCCCAGCCUGGUAAGUCUUGGCGGCUGUCUGCCUGGUAGAAGCUACUGGAGCCCUGUACGAUUUUCCACCCAGAACUCACAGGAGUGCUCCCUGUGGGUCCCGACUGAGAUCAGAAACACAGCAAAUGAAACCAUUUAGAGCUGUUAUUAUUGUACUGUAUGUCAAAGUUACUACAAUGAUUUGGAUUUGGUUCAUUUAUAAUGCCUUUGCUUUUCUAUUAAUAUUCUGAUAUUACUUCUGUGUACGUCACAAUCAGAGAAGACAUGCCUAUUUUAUGGGCAAAUACUGUGUUUUCAUUGCAAGGUGUAAUUAAUCAUUAGAAUACAGCUUUUUUAUACUAAUCUGUUCAACGUAUUUGCUUAUUUGAUAUCUUAAAGGAUUACAGAACAAACUGCAGUGUUUGCAAGAAAUGCAUCUUUAACACUUUUUGAAAUGUAUAAAUACAAAAGCAAAUUUCUUAGUGCAAAACAGCAUUUUGGUUCAAGUGUAAUCAUCCACUUGAAUAAAACUUUGAUUAACCUAGA